AUGUAUAUUUUUAGUUUUAGUAUUGUACUUGGACCAAAAUUAAUUAUGAUUAAUAGAAUGGUGGUUCAUGAUCUCCUACCAUUUCUACUCAUUCUUUUGGUAUGUCAAAUUGGAUAUGGGAUCGCAUUUCAAUCAAUUUCAUUCGCCAAUGGUUACUACAGUGAUUAUGAACAAGAAAAGAUGACUAUAAAUUCAACAUAUCAGUCUAAACCUGGAAUACGUAGUCUUUAUGAUGUAAUUAUGACAUCUUAUUUUCAAAUGUUGGGUGAAUUUCGUUUAGACGAUUUAGCUGGAGAUGGUUCAUCUUGUCGUGACAAUGGAAUGUGUCCACAAACUUCAUCACGUCGUUUAACUAUAAUUAUGUUAAGUGCGUUUAUAUUAUUAACUCAAGUACUUAUGUUCAAUUUAUUAGUUGCAACAUUCACUUCAACAUAUAACGAAAUCGAAGGAUCUGCUCAAUAUUUUUGGUGUUAUCAACGUUAUGAAAUGAUACAAGAAUUUGUUGAUAGACCAUCUGUUGCAGCACCAUUUAUGUUACUUUGGUAUUCUGUUGAAUUUACUGGAUUCUUAUUCAGUUUAAUUGGCGGUACUUUAUUUGAUCAUGCUAUUGAAGAGAUCAAAGAUGAUGAUCCAUUUUGUAGAAGUCUACACACCAAUCCAACAUUAGAUAGCAAACUAACUAAAUGGGAGCAUAUGAUGGGUACUCGACGAAUUAAAGCUGAUACAGAUGUAGGCGGUGGUCGUAAAUGGACAGGAAGAUCACAUGGUGAUACACAUGCAAUUGUAUUACGAUCUGCUGCAGCAGGAGCAGCUGGGAAAGGUUUAGUUUCCGGUGGUACCAGUGUUCAUAGAGAUGUUACCGGAGAGCCUGGAUCUUUGUUAGAAGGAAUUGGACCUAUAUUUGGUCCAGAUACAGAAUUUAUUGAAGAAAAAUUUCGUGAAUUAGGCAAUCAAAUUGGAAAACUAUCAACUUUUGAAGAACGUUUAGGCAAAUUAAUUCAAGGCGGUAAUCGUGUAAUAAGUAUUGUAAAAAAGAUUAAUGAACAACAAAAGCAGAUAAUAAAGAGUUUAACACCAACAAAUGGUAAACGACUUGUUGGUUGGGGUAAAUCAAACAAGAAAGAAAAUAAAAAUUUAUUAAUGACAGCUGUCUGUGCAGCAGUUACUGGUCUUGAUUCACACUGUACGAUUAUUGAAGAAAAAAUCGAAGAGAAGUUAAGAAUUGAAGAACAAUGCGUCAAAGCUAUUUUAACAAGAAGCAACGGUGAUGAACUUGAAGCAGAUACAGUUCUAACACCACGUAAAGGACCACCAUCACGUGGUCCACGUGCAGCUCCAGCAUCUGGUAAAAUUUAUGAACGCCUCAUUCUAAGCCAUAGACUAUGGCGCAUAGUUCCAUUUAAUUUUGAAAUAUUCCCUGGAAUUAGAAUGAAUGUACCACACGAUAAAAUAAACUGGAAAAUUCCAUACGAUACAUAUCGAACAUUCACUGUAACAGAUGAUAGAAUUGCUUUACCAUAUCCAGAAUUAGAAGAUGGACCAGAAGUAUUACCACAAACACUGCCAUACAACAGUUAUGAUAUUGUGAAAGGUGUAAGUCGAAUGUCAUUACGUGGUCGGGUACGAAUAGUAAGACAAACAGAUCACAUAACUGAUCCUAGAACAACUAACGUGACAUCGAAAACUGCACCGACUAAAGCAACGGCAAAGUUAUCUGAAUAUAUUCCUGUUGGUUAUCCACUGAAUCCAUGUGGACGCACUGGUUUAAGUGGUAAGGGUUUACUACCACAUUGGGGACCUAAUCAUUGUAUUAUUAUUGCGAUUACAAGACCAGAUCCAGGCCACAGAUUCUAUGAAAAUUUACCAUUUAUUCAAGUUGGAUUACUUCAUAACAAUCAACAAUUAUGUUUACCAUGGUAUUUAACUGAUCAUCGAGAAGAUUGUGAUUUUCAAGAUUGUAGUGCUAAUGUUAUACGUGGAUUCAUUCAACGUCGUUUAAUGAAUUUAUUUGAAAAUAAACACCAUCAACAGUCAAUGUUGAUAAGUUUAAGAGCUGCUAGUGUUUCAAUUGCUUAUACUGGUUAUAUAACUGAUCAUCUGAAUGCUGAUCAUGCAUGGAUUGAAGGAGUUUUAUUUAAUAUACAUGAGAAUGAAGAACAUCCAUUUCAGCAGGAAUUUUUGCAGGUAUUCUUAGAAUCUGAAACUACUGAGCAAGCAUUAUGGGUGAAUAUAGGCCGUCUAACAGGGAUACGUUCCAGUCAUGAUGAGUUAUUAGCAAGAAUCGCAUUACACCGUGGUGCAUUUUAUAGUGAAGCACUGGCUAAACGACAAUUGCAACCAACAUCUUGA